UUUUGGAAAUAGGUGCAGCUGUCGCCGAUGUUGGAGCUUCGUCUCUUGUUUUCAUGUUCUACAGGUCGCCAACAUGGAGACUGGCAUUUCGAAGGCCCCCGUGCCAGCGCCAGGUGCGCCCGAGGGCUCCUCAAGUGCCAAUAGCAACAACGCCGAGUCCAGGACUCCAACCUCUCCCAGAGGAGGAGCAGCGCAAGUUCCUGAACCGGAACAUGGUCGUCCAGAUGCAAGACGUUCGCAUCAGAAUGCUGCUGCAGGGCGAGAGGCCAGAGGUGGUCGAGGAGGUCGUCAGGGCAAGAAGAGAGAUAUGGGGAGGAAGGAGUGGGCUAAGAACAAAGUAGACAAAAGGCAACGGAACGAAGAUGAGCAAGCCGCCAAACGCCAACGGAUCGACCAUGGCAAGGACGAACUGCCCAUUUACGCUACAAAAUUCAGCGAUGAAGUGCUCGCGGCCGAGGAGAGGAGACCGAAAAAGAAGGUCGCUGUGCUUAUUGGCUAUGCUGGGACCGGUUACAAGGGGAUGCAGCUAGCGCAUGAUCAGAAAACGAUCGAAGGCGACCUCUUCCAAGCCUUUGUUGCGGCCGGAGCCAUCUCCAAAGCCAACGCGGACGAUCCCAAGAAAUCUUCCUUUGUGCGAUGCGCCCGGACCGACAAGGGCGUCCACGCCGCCGGCAACGUGAUAUCCCUGAAAUUGAUCAUCGAGGACGAGGAUAUCGUGAAAAAGAUCAACGACAACCUGACUCCCCAGAUUCGGGUUUGGGGGUACGAACGGACAAACAACAGUUUCAGUGCCUAUCAGAUGGUUGACUCGCGGAUAUAUGAGUACCUAAUUCCUACACAUAGCUUUCUGCCACCACACCCUAGCAGUUUUCUGGGCAGAAACUGUGAAAAGUGGGCGGAGAAAAAGGGCGAUGUGGACGGGUACAGGAAGAGACAAGAAGAAGUGUUGGGAUACUGGGAGAAGGUGGACGAGGAGAUGAUCAAGCCAAUUCUGGCGGAAUAUGACGAAGAGAUCCGUGCCAUUCUGGAGAAGGCACUGUGGCUGAAAGCAGAAGGCCCCGAGGAUGGUGGUGCAGACCCGUCGAGUUCCACAGCGGUGGAGGUUGAACCUGAAACCUCCAAGCCAGAGGGGUUACAAGAAGCCGAAAACAAAGGCGCAGAAUCGCAGGACAAGACUCCUGUAAACAGCAACGGCGAAGAACCCUCCUCCCUAGCGGAAGACUCGACAGAUCAAGCGAAACCAUCGCGACCGCGCAUCCUCGACGAGGCCAUGAAACGCAUCCGGCAAGCCUACAUUGCAGCCAAGCGGGCCUACCGCAUCCCGCCUGAACGGCUUGACCGAAUCCAAAAGGCGCUCAAUCUAUUUGUCGGCACUCGCAACUAUCACAACUACACCAUCCAGAAGACCUUCAAGGACCCCAGCGCCAAGCGAGUGAUCAAAUCCUUCCUGGUCAACAGGACGCCGAUCCUGAUCAACGGCACGGAGUGGCUGAGCAUGAAAGUCCACGGGCAGAGUUUCAUGAUGCACCAGAUCCGCAAGAUGGUCGGGAUGGUCGCGCUGGUGGUGCGUUGCGGGUGUGACCCCCAACGGCUGGUGGAGAGCAUGGGCCCCGACAGGCUGUCGAUCCCCAAGGCUCCCAGCCUGGGCCUUCUGCUCGAGCGCCCGGUGUUCGAAUCCUACAACAAGCGCGCUAAGGACGCACUCGCCAAAGAAGCCAUCGACUUUGACAAGUACAGGGCGGAGAUGGACGCGUUCAAGCAAGAACAGAUCUACGAGCGCAUGUACCGGGACGAGGAGAAGGACAACGUCUUUGGCAACUUCUUCAACCAUGUCGACAACUUCCCCAGCGAGCCUUUCUUGUUUGUCACGUCCGGCGGCGUCGAAGCGACCAAGACGAAACCGCUGGUUGCACCGGUCGGAGCGCUCGAAGGGGGAAAGACGAAGAGUGCGAAUGCUCUAUUAGACAACGAUGCGGAUGUCGGCGCCGACGACGAAGAUAGCGAUGCGGACGACGCUGUCAAGGACAACCACGGUGACGAGGGUUGACGAACGACCGUCGCUGGCUGCUUUUCUAGACGGGACGAUAGACUUUGAUCAAAGAGCUGAGGACAAUUUGCAUUCCGGAUCGCCAGCCUGAGAGGGCUUUCUGUAACAGACUUCGUAGUGCCAAUUCUUUUAUUUUUGGGUGAUCUUUG